AUGAAUAGCAACGAUAGAUACGAGUUAUCCACCUUACCUGAUAAUGCUUUAUCAUUGAAAGGUGAUGAGUUUUAUAAAUUUAUACAAUCAGUAGUAGGAGAACCAUUACAUGAUAUUCUUAAAAUCCAAUUGAUUGAUUCAACACAGUCAUUUUUGGACACAAAAGAUAUAUUUGAAAUAUUUAAGUAUGAUUCACCUGAUUUAUUUGAAAUAAAAGCAAAGUCAUGCUUUAAAAUAAAUGGUGAAUAUGUGAUCAAAGCUGGAAUAAAAAAUAGUUUAACAUAUUUGAUGAAAUUAUUGAAAACAAAACAACAAAAAUUAAUAAAUAAUAAUAAAAAUACCCAUCGACAAAUUUCUUAUGAAUUACUAAAUAAGAACCCUGUAUUAAGAUCAUUAAUUGAUUGGUAUGAAGAAAACGAAAAUACGAAUCCGAAUAAUAAUAGUAAUGUUAAACAAUCAUUUUUAUCAUCAUUUAUUGACAAUAUAACAAACAAUCUGUCAAGAGAAAAAAGAAAUUAUCAAUAUAGUGAGUCUGUUAAACGUUUUGCAUUAUUAUUAUAUAUAUUAGGUGGUAAACUAACCUAUGAAUUACUAAGAAUAAAUUUAGUUGGUGCACUUCCUAGUUUGGUGACAUUAAAUAGAUUAAUAUUAAAUUCAAAUAACAUUAUGAAUGAAGGUGAAUUUCAAUUUGAUACAUUGAAACAAUAUUUAAAUUCAAAUAAUGUACAAUUUGGUUUUGUAUCAGAAGAUUGUACUGGUGUUAUCCGUAAGAUACAAUAUGAUGUUAGGACAAAUUCUUUCAUAGGAUUUUCAACUCCACUUGAUAAUGGGAUACCAAUUUCACAACACUAUAAAACUGAUUCGUUUGAAACAUUGAAGACUUGGUUUAGCUCGAUAAAAAAAGCACCACUAUUAAACAUACAUAUGUUUCAACCCUUACCAUCAAAUCGUGCAAGUUUACCAAAUCCAUUUUUAUUAUCUGCCUACGGCGUUGAAAAUACAUUUACAGCAAACGAUAUUUUACGCCGAUGGUUAUUUAUUUAUGAAGGUUGUAUAAAAAAGCAAAUUCGAAUUAUAGGUUUUUCCUCAGGUAAAAUAUCAUUUUUCAAAAUGCAUUUCCGUGUAUUUUGUUUUUCGAUAGAUGCUGACGGCAAAUAUAUGAGAGCAAUGCGAUUAGUAAGUGGGUUUUUUGCAUCUUUACCGAAUUUUAAGUUACAUCAACAUCCAAAUGCAUUUAAAAUAAAUUUAACAUCAGAAUGGCCUUGGUUUUACCUUCGCCAAGAACAACUAUUCUUAUUUUUACAAGAUGCAACACAUUUGGCUACCAAAUGGAGGAAUCGUUUAUUAUCAUCAACAGCUCAAUUAUGUAUAGGUGAACAAAUAAUUACUAUCGAGCAUCUACAAGAUAUUAUUGAUAACGAUCAAUAUACAAAAUUAGAUCAUAAUUUAAUUCGGACAGAUUUAAAUCCGAAAGAUCGUCAAAACUAUCGAUCAUGCGAGAGAUUAGCAUCAGAUGAUGUAUUAAAUCUUUUAAAAAUGAAUACUAAUACACAAGGAACAUUUGUUUAUCUUCAACUAUUACAGUUAAUAAUAAUAGCAUAUAUUGAACCAACAACACCACUCAAAACACGUUUAAAAUCAGCGUGGAUAACUGUUUUUGUCUGCCGUUUAUGGUUAGCAUGGCUAAAAAAGAAAAUAUUUAAAAAUCAAUCAUCAACAUCAAUAAAUAAAGACACACAUUUUAUAACAAGAACAGCGUAUUUAUCAGUAGAGUUAAAUGCUCAUAAUUUAUUAUAUCUGAUAUUAUUAGUCCAACAACAACAAUUACCAAAAGAAUCAUUGCAUAUUUUUUUAUUUAAUUCACAAUCUUGUGAAGGAAUGUUUCGAAAUGCACGAUCGUUAAGUGGUGCGUAUUCAACAAUUGUAAAUUUUACAACUCAUGAUUUCCUUCGGCGUGUUGCAAAAUUAUCAUUACUAAAUCAAAUAAAAUGUGAUGAAUUAACAAAUCAAAGUGGUGAACACAUAUCAUUUCCAAUUCAUCAUAAACGUAAAGCUGACAAUGCUUUACCUGUAAUACAAGAAUUGGAUGAUGUUGAUUAUUUGGAUAUAGAACAAGUUAUAUUAGAAUCAUAUGAAGCAUCAAUUGAAUUAAUUGAAAAUUUAGGAAUAGCGACAUCAUUAAAAAAGCAUCAAAUUUAUAAAUUAGAAAAAUUAAGUAAAUUCAUGUUUAAUGAAUUAAAUUCAAAGUCAAGAGUGUCUGAUAGUUUAACAGGAACAAUAAACAUUGAUGAUGAUAUGAGUUCAGAAUCAGAUGAUAAUGAAUAUGAAAAUAAUAAUGGUGAAGACAACGAUUAUAAUAAUAGUAGUGAUGAAGAUGAGGACGCUGCAUCUGAUAAUGAAGAAAAUGUUGAACGUAUUCAAUCUGUAAAAACAAUUUUUUCUGGAACACGUAUCAAAGAUAAAAUUAAUCCUGAUUUAGCAAACUCAUAUUUCAGGGUGAAAAUUAAUGAUACGACGAAAUUUUUACAUAAACAGUCAGCAGUAUGGCUGCUCACUGACAAAAAUGAUCGUCUGUCAACCGAUAGGUUAUCACGAGUUAUGGAAGGAAGCAAGUAA